GUCGAGCAGUUAUAUCUAGGAUGGUAUUGUCGUAUCUUCGAUCCCACCUUCCUCUGGCCCCUGAAGAGUUUGUACAAGCUGUAGCUGCGCAGUUAACGUCAGACGAGCAGCUUGCCAAUAUUGCUAAACAUUUAGGGGUUGACGUACUAGUACGCACCGCAGAGCAACCUCCCUCGUCUACUUCUAUUGCUGACGCGUUCCGAGCCUUGUUUGCUGUCAUUGGAGAGCAGAGAGCCAAGGUUCUAGUUGUGGAUGUGAUUAUACCUCAACUGAUCGAUAUUGACUUUGCGGAAGUUUUUCCUUUACGGCAACCUCUCGCCGUAUUGACUGAUCUCCUUGAGAAGGAUGGAGCUAAAGAGAUUGAACCAAGGCUUCUCCGUUCGGCAGGGGUCGUAAGCGCUCAACCAGUUUAUGUU